AUGUCAGUGAAAGAAAAAGGUCCACCUAAAUUAAGUUCCAUCGAAAAGUUUGCACUCAGUAGUGUUGCUACUGCUGUUUCUACUGCUGUUUUAUCACUAACACCACUUGCACCUAUUGAACGUAUAAAAUUACUCCUUCAAUGCCAAGGUGAAAUGCUUAAACAAGGUACCAUCACUCGACCAUACAAUGGUGCUAUUGAUUGUAUCAUGCAAACUUUCAGAAAUGAAGGUCUCUUGUCAUUCUGGCGAGGUAAUCUGACCAAUUGUCUUAGACACAUUUCCAGUCAGCCUUUGAAUUUUGUCCUCAAAGAUAAAAUCAAACCAAUGUUUAAACAAAAUAUAAACGAUCCAUAUAUGGUGAAUUUUAGUAAAAAUAUAGCAAGUGGUAGUUUAGCUGGUGCAUUAUCAUUAUGUUUUCUUUACUCACUUGAUUAUGCUCGUACACGGUUGGCUACUGAUGUUAAAAGUAUAAAGGAAGGAGUUGGUGAACGUAAGUACAAUGGUCUUGUUGAUGUCUAUAAAAAAACAUUGGCUACCGAUGGUAUUGCUGGUCUUUAUCGUGGUUUUGUUGUUUCAUGUGUUGGUAUCAUUAUUUAUCGUGGAUGUUACUUCGGUUUAUAUGAUACAUUAAAACCAAUUUUACUGGGUCCUGAUGCUGGUUUUACGCUUUCAUUUUUACUUGGUUAUGGUGUCACAAUUACAUCAGGUCUUAUUUCAUAUCCAGUUGAUACUAUUCGACGACGUAUGAUGAUGACAUCAGGUCAAGCAGUUAAAUAUAAAGGUUCAAUGGAUUGUAUGUUCCAAAUCUUACGAAGUGAAGGUGUUAUGGCUUUCUAUAAAGGAGCUGGUAUCACUAUUCUUCGAGGUACCGCUGGUGCUGUUGUCUUAACUGGAUUCGAUAAAUGGGUACAACUUGGUAGCAUCAAAGUUGAUACUAGUGGUAGUGGUUAA